AUGUCUCCCUACGACACAGGAGAUACAAGGCCGUCCUUGCCUGCGCGACGUGUCGGCGUCGUAAGGUCAAAUGUGAUGGUCUGCGUCCAGGUGCUUCCAUUCUCUUCUUACCCAGAGCUCCAAGAACCAUGCACAUACAUCUCGGCGUCAGCCCGCCGUAGCAGUACUGUCAAGGACCCUCUUUCAUCAUCUGCGGCAUCUCGACAACUUCCGAUUCCUGUUACGUCUGCUCAAACGCAUCCGCGGCAAUCUGAUGUCGUCGACACUUUCAGCACUAAUGGACCCGGUAUUCCAGGAGAAUUCUCUUUCGCCGUCAAGGCUGCUGUGAAUGCCAGAUUGGGGCUACCGUCCUCCAAAAAGCGGUGCCCUAUUCUUCUGACAGACGCCCCGUUAUUUGGCUUGUUGUCUCUUCCAGAGUUUACAGAUCUCGCGGUAAAUCCUGCGGAUAAUGUUCUACCCCCGCGUAAGCAUGCCGACCACUUGGUGAGCCUGUACUGGCGAUGUCUCGACCCUCUGGAACCGCUGCUUGAUCAGAGAUCUUUUAGCGCCGCCUAUCAGGCACUAUUCGACGGUAGUGAGAUGGAAUGCGAUGAGCAAACUUUUCUCUGCACGCUCAACCUUGUUCUUGCUUUGUCCACUCAAUUACAGGAAUCAACUCCUUCGGAACAGAGAAAUAGUGCCAGUAAAUCUUUCUUCCUUCGAGCCUGGCAUCUGUUGCGUCCGGAGGUCAUCCUCUGGCAAGCAGGCUCGUUGGAGAUCGUUCAAUGUCUGCUUCUCAUGACCAGGUAUCUUCAAUGUACCCCAAAUCUACAGCAGACGUGGAUGGCACUGGGUUCGGCUGUGCGGAUUGCCCUGAGCAUUGGCCUCGACCGCUCAGAGAAGAAUAUGUCCGGGUUAAAUAGGGAGAACCAGUUGGCACGGGAUGUUUGGCAGCAGUGCGUAUUUAUGGACAGAAGCCUUUCUUGGUCGCUUGGGCGGCAUUCCACGGUACCUAGUGUACCCUUUUUAUCCUUCGACCCGGUUCGAAAUGGUAACGAUGUACCUGAUUCGGACGGUGAGACCAAUGCUUCAGUCUCUGAGAUAACGCAGGAGUUGAACCAAAUCACCGGCUGCAUCGGUCUUUCUCCAGUGCUCACAGGCAACAGCGCAGCAGUGGGGCAGGACUUGGUUGUGCCAACCCAAGCCGACCCCAGUGCCCUCAUGCAGAUUGACGAAUGCCUUACUAGAUUAGAACACAGACUUCCCCCCGUCACGUCCAAUACGGCCAGUGGUGAAACUGCUAAUCCCUUCGAGGGACGGCUGAUUCUUCUUCGUCUCCGUCUGGCGCACACACGCAUCAUGUUUCUGAGACCCGUCAUAGCUCGCGUCUGUCUAUCGCAUCUGCAAACGCGGAAAGUUUCUCCAUCAGCUGAAACGAGCAUAGGCGACCGCGUCCUCGAAACAUGCGCCACGCUGUGCGUCGAAAACGCACAGAAGCUCAUAAUGCUGGUUCAGGAGUGCGCGCGACCCGACAAGACUGGACUCAUACCCUGGUGGUACCGUAUUUUCUACCUCUACAUUGCAAUGCAGCAUUUGAUAGCGGCAAUGCUGCGACCUGAUCUCUUCGGGACUGUGGUCCCGGACUCAUGGAACACGGCUGCAUCAGUAUUUAGUGCACACGAGCACCUCAGUCUGUCUGUGAGGCGAUGUUUGAACAAGCUUCAGAUGAUGUGGCAGAGGGUCAUCGAUAUUCACUCUCCACCUACUCACGAAGCUCCUCCAUCCAGCAUGGACGACAACACGGGGCUCCAGGACGUCUUUGGGUAUCUUGGGUUUGAUGCUCAAAUGGCACCGUUCGGGCUGGACGAUUCAGCGUGGCUGGACAGUGUGGAUUGGACAACAUGGUCGUCCUAA